GGCUGACUCCAACGCUUUGCAGACAGGGAAUGUCUCCCUGUUCCUCACACCCACACUGAGCCAGGCUGGGGAGUAUCACUGUGCUGUUUAUAAUCAACAAGAGAUGGUGUACAGAUCCAUCGUCCACCUGACAGUGUUUAACGUGUCUGUGUCUGCCGAUAGCUCUCUGACCCCGGGGGGCAGACUGGCUCUGACCUGUCACAUCGCUCAACGUGUUUAUUCUAACCCCAAACCCACAAUACACACAAACGGCUCUAUCACUUUGGGGAGAAUUGAGGCGCAGUGGACACACGAUGGGAAUGUGAUUAUAAAUUACAACCGUCACUCUCUGGAUCUCAGAAGCUUAAACAUCAGGAAACUUCAACACAGCGAUUCUGGAAUAUAUUGUUAUGUUUUCAAGAUAAAAUGUUCCACCUCUUCCUUCCAGAUACUGAACAUGACGAUUCCAUCAGAUAUCUCAAUCAUUCCCCCAACUACAAAGGGGAUGGGCACAGACUCAGGAGGGUUGAACCAUUGGCACAAUCUCGGGAUACGGACAGCUUCUCUUGUGACUUUGAUGAUCAUCUUCACCUUUGGGAUUUUUAUGCUGUUCAAGAGACGUUACAGGGAGCCAGCCGGAGCUGACAGCUCGCCUGGACAGGCUGAGACUCAGGACAAUGGAGCCACACAGAGCUCAAUCCCUCUGGAUACCCUGAGGAACCCUCCCUCGGUCGCCUCCAGCGAUCGAGAUCAGGGCAUCUGA